AUGCCGCCCAAGGAUUUGGUGCCGCACAUCAUUGAGCGCACACCCGAAUACAAUGAAUUUAUCGAAGAAUUGAGAGCCUUCCACGCAGAUCGCGGCACCAAUUUCGAUCCCGAGCCAAGAGUCGGCACGACCCAUCUCGACCUCCUCCGAGUUUUCAAACAUAUUAUCGCAAACGGCGGGUACGACAAGGUUUCCGAUGAAAAACUCGCCUGGCGCCGCAUGGCACAGGAGCUUGGUCUCUACACCAACAAUGAAGCCGCGACAGCCUUUGCGCUUAAGGAGAAGUUUUACAAGAACCUCGCCGCGUACGAAAUUAAGAAGAUCCACGGGAAGGAGCCUCCUCCAAAGGAUAUUCUCGAAGAUGUCACAGCGAAAGGCUCGGGCUUGCUGAAGCGAACCCGAGAAAACUUUUUGAGGCCGACGAGGAAUGUUAGCGACUCUGGUAUUUCGGGUGAUGAUGCGACUCCGACUCGCGAGCGCUCAACGGUAGAUACGCCAGGAUCCUCUGCGCGCGCCUCUCGGGGCCUACGAGAGGCUCCCCCUCAGCGAGUCAUAUUCCAGCCUGAUACCGGCCCCACGCGACAGCCCCGACACGCUUCUGGCCACCAUCAACAGUCUGCCAGCCCCGCCCACGGCACCCCUGGCUCGCAGCACCUCCAGCACCAGGCUCACCUAAGUACGCCAUCAGGUCACCACCAGGCCCGAGGCACGCCAGCUAACGUCAGCGUCGGGCCGUACAAUCCCAACCACGGUGCGGUUCCGUCUGUUAUCGCCGGUUACAACCCCCGCGCCUUGACGACAAUCCCGAUCCGGCCUGUCGACACCCCUGGAAACAAUCCCAUUGCGUUUUCUCGGGCCAAACUUAUUCAUAAGAUUCGGCAGAUCCAGGCCGGUCGUUUGCCUCGAGUUCCACCUGGCACCUAUGAGGGUGCAAACAUUUACAUUCGGUGUCUUAACGCGCUAAGGUCCGACAACCCCGCGGAGAGAACAUAUGCGCUUCAUCACUGGGUACGAAUCUCGUUUGAGCGUGGGGAGAAAUUUAGGUUCGAAGUCUUCCCCGGCCUGGACGAAGGUCUCGUCGAGUCGGCACUUCGUGUUGCUAGCCUUUUCUACGAUGUCGAGUGGAAGGUAUCAUGGGAUCCCUCUGCGCCGUUGGAACGAGAUGAGCUAGAUGGUGUCAAUGGCACCUCUGAUAUCCUCGAGCGCAUCCAGCGCCUCACCCCCAAAACUGUCCUUGACAGCAUCCAAACCGAGGAAUUCAGCGAUGAGAUGCUCAGUGUGACUGAGGCAGUUCUGACCAUCCGAAACAUGGUCACUCUCCCUGAAAACGCCGCAUACAUUGCGAACUUCCCUCCUAUCAAGGACAUGAUUUGCAUUAUCAUGAGCCUCCCUAAUCGAGACAUUGUAGUUGAGGCCAAGCACUACUCGCUCGAUAUUGCUGAACACAUCACCCCCUACAUGACGUUAGAAUCCGACGAUCCUCUUUACCGCACUCUACUCAACCAGAUGGACUCGGACGAUCGUGGUGUUAUUCUCACCAGUCUCCGCGCGCUUGGUCGAAUUUCCAUGAACCUGGAUGCUGCGAACCGUCUUGGUUACGUACCUCCCUCCGUUUUGCAGAACAUCACAAACUGGAUUCUCCUUAACGACGAUGAAUUCACCGAUGCCUGCCUGGAUUUCCUUUAUCAGUAUACCGCUGUCGUCAAGAACGUCGACUCAUUAUUAGGGGCGAUAUCCGGAGAAAACUUGGUCUACCACCUCGCCAGGCUUCUCUCCCACGGCGCGAGAAAGGUCCACAAGGAAAUCAUCCUCUCCCCAGAAAAGAAACUACCCCCAAGCGACCAGAUUGCACCCAUGCCACUCCAGCUCAGAGACGAACUCCUCAAGCUUAAGGAGCCGGAGAGAGUGAAUCGGUGGGUUAAGUGCUUCUUCGACCACGACCCCGACUCCUUCGUCACCCAGAUCGCCGCCUGGCAAGCCUAUAACGGAGCGUUUGCCGAGAGCCUUAGGCAGGCUGGUCUGCCAGCGACUGCACCUGCGGACUUUAUUAGGAGCUGCUCGCAGAUCUAUCAGAAUUCGACCCCUCAAGUCCUAGCCCGAGGCGACGCACAGCAAAAGUUCAUCAUCGGGUCCAUGCGCGCUCGGAAGAACCCCUUCAGCAUCGACGGGCGAGAAUACGUCCGAUGCACCUGGGGCGCCAAGGACCCGCCCAAGGACGGCUGCGGCGCCUACUUCCUCGACCGCAAAGAGAUGUUCAAGCACAUCGCCGAGACGCACCUGGGCACCAAGCCCGACGAUCAGGGCCGCUACGCCAACGAGGAGAAGGCCUUCCGAUGCCUUUGGCCCGCGUGCUCGCGCUUCAAUAAGCCCACGACGCUGCGCUUCAUCGACUUCGCGCGCCAUCUCAACGUGCACAUCGGUCUCGUGUGGCCGACGCCGCCCAGCGAACCCCGCGUCGCUGCGAAGAAACCCCGCAGAGAUUGGAUCGUCCCCGCUAAGACUAUGACGGUCACGUACGAGGAGACGCAGACGAUGCGCGACGAGAAGAACCCUAACGGACCGCCGCAGGCUACCGGCAUUCCCCUUAGUGCAGUCCUUGUGUUGAGGAACAUUGCUAGGAAUAUUAGCAAGACGGACGCCGAGGACGAGCUGCUCAAGGAGAAUGAGGCUACGGGUGAGCCGGGCGGUUGGAAGGAGAGGUUGUUUAGGCCGUUGAUGCCGAGGCUUUUCGAGGUGAUGGCGGAGAAUAGAGCUUUGGCUCCCUACAUGGCCUCCCUUCUAGACCUCAUCCACGAGUAA